AUGCCAUCCUACAAACUAACCUACUUUUCAAUCCGCGGACUCGGUGAGCCAAUCAGACAUUUAUUCCAUCUGGCCGGGGUAUCAUUUGAGGAUGAACGGCUUGCCUAUGGAGGUAGCCCCUGGGAGCAGGUUAAAGAAAAGUACCCGAUGAGCCAGUUGUCUGCUGCGAUCCUUCGCUACCUUGGCAGAAAAUUCGGAUUCGCUGGAAAAACUCCUGAAGAAGAAGCCUGGGUGGAUGCCGUUGUCGAUCUAUUCAAAGAUUUCCUGUCAGAAUUCAAGCACUUAAUUUAUGCAAGCUUAAAUGGAAAAUCAGCUGACGAGAUAGAAAGGGUCAGAACAGAAAUCGCCAUUCCCGCGAGAAAUGUGUAUUUCAAAAAUUUGAAUGAUCUACUGAAAAGGAGCAAGUCCGGAUUCCUUAUUGGGGAUGGCAUCACGUUUGCCGAUAUUGUGGUGACCAAUUAUCUAGAGACACUUAAAACUUUUGAGCUCUACAAUGGCUCAGAUGAGCCAAAAUUGGUAGCUCUGCAAAAGAAAGUGUAUGAACAACCAGGAAUUAAAGAAUGCAUAGCUACUCGUGUAUUAACGGAAUUUUGA